UGCCGCUGCCGCCGCCGCCACCGCCCGGCGCGCCCCGCUCCGCCCGCGCCCCGUGCGCCUGAGCGCCGAGCUCGCUCCUCCUCCGCGCCAACUCCGCCGCACGCUCCCCAGGCCGCCCGUGCUCCCCGCGCGCCUCCGCGGGCUCCACGCGUCUUGCCCAGCCGAGGCAGCCUCCUUCGGGCGCGGGCCGCUGCACACCAUGGCCCCGGGGCGGACGGGGGCCGGCGCCGCGGUGCGCGCCCGCCUGGUGCUGGCCUUAGCUCUGGCGAGUGUUCUGAGAGGGCCCCCAGUCGCCGCCUGCCCCACCAAGUGUACCUGCUCCGCCGCCAGCGUGGACUGCCAUGGGCUGGGCCUCCGGGCGGUUCCCCGGGGCAUCCCCCGCAACGCCGAGCGCCUGGACCUGGACAGAAAUAAUAUCACCAGGAUCACCAAGAUGGACUUCGCCGGACUCAGGAACCUCCGAGUCUUGCAUCUGGAAGACAACCAGGUCAGCGUCAUCGAGAGAGGCGCCUUCCAGGAUCUGAAGCAGCUGGAGCGAUUGCGCCUGAACAAGAAUAAACUCCAAGUCCUCCCUGAAAUGCUUUUCCAGAGCACCCCGAAGCUCACCAGACUAGACCUGAGCGAGAACCAGAUCGUGGGCAUCCCCAGGAAGGCGUUCCGAGGCAUCGCCGACGUGAAGAACCUGCAGCUGGACAACAACCGCAUCGGCUGCAUUGAAGAUGGAGCCUUCCGAGCGCUGCGCGAUCUGGAGAUCCUCACCCUCAACAACAACAACAUUAGCCGCAUCCUGGUCACCAGCUUCAACCAUAUGCCGAAGAUUCGCACCUUGCGCCUCCACUCCAACCACCUGUACUGCGACUGCCACCUGGCCUGGCUCUCGGAUUGGCUGCGGCAGCGGCGGACCAUCGGCCAGUUCACUCUCUGCAUGGCUCCCGUGCACCUGAGGGGCUUCAGUGUGGCGGACGUGCAGAAGAAGGAGUACGUGUGCCCAGGCCCCCACUCGGAGCCUCCGUCCUGCAACGCCAACUCCAUCUCCUGCCCCUCAGCCUGCACUUGCAGUAAUAACAUCGUGGACUGUCGAGGGAAGGGCUUGACGGAGAUCCCCGCCAACUUGCCGGAGGGCAUCGUCGAAAUACGCCUGGAACAGAACUCCAUCAAAUCCAUCCCCGCUGGAGCCUUCACCCAGUACAAGAAACUGAAGCGCAUAGACAUCAGCAAGAAUCAGAUAUCGGACAUCGCUCCAGACGCCUUCCAGGGUCUGAAAUCGCUCACGUCUCUGGUGCUCUAUGGCAACAAGAUCACCGAGAUCGCCAAGGGACUGUUUGACGGGCUGGCGUCCCUGCAGCUGCUCCUCCUCAACGCCAACAAGAUCAACUGCCUGCGGGUGAACACGUUCCAGGACCUGCAGAACCUCAACCUGCUCUCCCUGUAUGACAACAAGCUGCAGACCAUCAGCAAGGGGCUCUUUGCCCCCCUGCAGGCCAUCCAGACGCUCCACUUAGCCCAAAACCCGUUUGUGUGCGACUGCCACUUGAAGUGGCUGGCCGACUACCUCCAGGACAACCCCAUCGAGACCAGCGGGGCCCGCUGCAGCAGCCCACGCCGGCUGGCCAACAAGCGCAUCAGCCAGAUCAAGAGCAAGAAGUUCCGCUGCUCAGGCUCGGAGGAUUACCGCAGCAGGUUCAGCAGCGAGUGCUUCAUGGACCUUGUCUGCCCCGAGAAGUGCCGCUGCGAGGGCACCAUCGUGGACUGCUCCAACCAGAAGCUGGCCCGCAUCCCCAGCCACCUGCCCGAAUACGUCACCGACCUGCGACUCAACGACAAUGAGGUAUCUGUUCUGGAGGCUACCGGUAUCUUCAAGAAGCUGCCCAACCUGCGGAAAAUAAACUUGAGUAACAAUAAAAUCAAGGAGAUGAGAGAGGGUGCCUUUGACGGAGCGGCCAGCGUGCAGGAGCUGAUGCUGACGGGGAACCAGCUGGAGACGGUGCACGGGCGCAUGUUCCGUGGCCUCAGCGGCCUCAAGACCUUGAUGCUGAGGAGUAACCUGAUCAGCUGUGUGAGCAAUGACACUUUUGCUGGCCUGAGUUCGGUGAGGCUGCUGUCCCUCUACGACAACCGGAUCAGCACCAUCACCCCUGGAGCCUUCACCACGCUUGUCUCCCUGUCCACCAUAAACCUGCUGGCCAACCCCUUCAACUGCAACUGCCACCUGGCCUGGCUCGGCAAGUGGCUGAGGAAGAGGCGGAUCGUAAGCGGGAACCCCCGGUGCCAGAAGCCAUUCUUCCUCAAGGAGAUUCCCAUCCAGGACGUGGCCAUCCAGGACUUCACCUGUGAAGGCAAUGAUGAGAGCAGCUGCCAACUGGGCCCGCGCUGCCCCGAGCAGUGCACCUGCGUGGAGACGGUGGUGCGAUGCAGCAACAGGGGGCUCCGCACCCUCCCCAAAGGCAUCCCCAAGGACGUGACCGAGCUGUACCUGGAAGGAAACCACUUAACAGCCGUGCCCAGGGAGCUGUCCACUCUCCGACACCUGACACUCAUUGACCUGAGCAACAACAGCAUUGGCGUGCUGACCAACUACACCUUCAGCAACAUGUCUCACCUCUCCACCCUGAUCCUGAGCUACAACCAGCUGCGCUGCAUCCCCGUCCACUCCUUCUACGGGCUGCGGUCCCUCCGCGUGCUAACCCUCCACGGCAACGACAUCUCGAGCGUCCCCGAAGGCUCCUUCAAUGACCUGACCUCUCUCUCCCAUCUGGCGCUGGGAACCAACCCGCUCCACUGUGACUGCAGUCUGCGCUGGCUGUCGGAGUGGGUGAAGGCGGGGUACAAGGAGCCCGGCAUCGCCCGCUGCAGUAGCCCCGAGUCCAUGGCCGACAGACUGCUGCUCACCACGCCCACCCACCGCUUCCAGUGCAAAGGGCCAGUGGACAUCAACAUUGUGGCCAAGUGCAAUGCCUGCCUCUCUGGCCCCUGCAAGAACAACGGGACGUGUAGCCAGGACCCUGUGGAGCUGUACCACUGUGCCUGCCCCUACGGCUACAAGGGCAAAGACUGCACCACGCCCAUCAACACCUGCAUCCAGAACCCCUGUCAGCAUGGGGGCACCUGCCACCUGAGCGAGAGCCACAAGGACGGCUUCAGCUGCUCCUGCCCCCUGGGCUUCGAGGGGCAGCGGUGUGAGAUCAACCCGGACGACUGUGAGGACAACGACUGUGAGAACAACGCCACAUGCGUGGACGGGGUCAACAACUAUGUGUGUGUGUGCCCACCCAACUACACAGGUGAGCUGUGUGAUGAGGUGAUUGACCACUGCGUGCCCGGCUUGAACCUCUGUCAGCAUGAGGCAAAGUGCAUCUCCCUGGACAGAGGAUUCAGGUGCGAGUGCCCCCCUGGCUACAGCGGGAAGCUCUGUGAGGUGGACAAUGACGACUGCACGGCCCACAGGUGCCGCCACGGGGCCCAGUGCGUGGACGCGGUCAACGGCUACACGUGCACCUGCCCCCAGGGCUUCAGUGGGCUCUUUUGUGAGCACCCCCCGCCCAUGGUCCUGCUGCAGACCAGCCCGUGCGACCAGUACGAGUGCCAGAACGGGGCCCAGUGCAUUGUGGUGCAGCAGGAGCCCACCUGCCGCUGCCCGCCGGGCUUCGCCGGCCCGAGGUGCGAGAAGCUCAUCACCGUCAACUUCGUGGGCAAGGACUCCUAUGUGGAACUGGCCUCUGCCAAGGUCCGGCCCCAGGCCAACAUCUCCCUGCAGGUGGCCACUGACAAGGACAACGGCAUCCUUCUCUACAAGGGGGACAACGACCCCCUGGCGCUGGAGCUAUACCAGGGCCACGUGAGGCUCGUCUACGACAGCCUGAGCUCCCCGCCAACCACGGUGUACAGCGUGGAGACGGUGAAUGACGGGCAGUUUCACAGCGUGGAGCUGGUGAUGCUAAACCAGACCCUGAACUUGGUGGUGGACAAAGGAGUCCCCAAGAGCCUGGGAAAGCUCCAGAAGCAGCCGGCAGUGAGCAUCAACAGCCCCCUCUACCUUGGAGGCAUCCCCACCUCCACGGGCCUCUCGGCCUUGCGCCAGGGCACGGACCGGCCCCUGGGUGGCUUCCACGGCUGCAUCCACGAGGUGCGCAUCAACAACGAGCUGCAGGACUUCAAGGCCCUCCCGCCGCAGGCCCUGGGCGUCUCUCCAGGCUGCAAGUCCUGCAGCGUGUGCAGGCACGGCCUGUGCCGUGCCGUGGAGAAGGACAGCAUGGUGUGCGAGUGCCACCCGGGCUGGGCCGGCCCACUGUGCGACCAGGAGGCCCGCGACCCCUGCCUCGGCCACAGCUGCAUCCAGGGGAAAUGCGUGGCAACCGGGACCUCGUACGUGUGCAAGUGUGCCGAGGGCUACGGAGGGGCCUUGUGUGACCACAAGAAUGACUCUGCCAACGCCUGCUCAGCCUUCAAGUGUCACCAUGGGCAGUGCCACGUCUCAGAUCGAGGGGAGCCCUACUGCCUGUGCCAGCCUGGCUUUAGUGGGGAGCACUGCGAACAAGAGAAUCCGUGCCUGGGGGAGGUAGUCCGAGAGGUGAUCCGCCGCCAGAAGGGGUAUGCGUCCUGCGCCACCGCCUCCAAGGUGCCCGUGAUGGAAUGUCAUGGGGGCUGCGGGCCCCAGUGCUGCCAGCCCACCCGCAGCAAGCGGCGGAAAUAUGUGUUCCAGUGCACAGACGGCUCCUCGUUCGUGGAAGAGGUGGAGAGACACUUAGAGUGCGGCUGCCGCCCGUGUGCCUGAGGCCUCGCCCCACCGUGGACUCCAGCCUGGUGGGUGGGGACAGCCACGCGGAACCCCCUGGAGAUUCCAGGUGAAGAAGUGGGAGCUGGAGAGGAAGCAAAAGAAGAAGAGAAUAUUAAGUAUAUUGUAAAAUAAACAAAAAAUAGAACUUAUUUUUAUUAUAGAAAGUGACUAUUUUCAUCUUUUAUUAUAUAAAUAUAUCACACCGUCUGAGUAUAUGUACCAUAUAGUGAUUUUUACUGAGUUGUUCGUUUUGUGUUGUGUAUUUGUCGUGUUUUUAUAAACAGCUGUUAAAAGUUUUAAGAAAAAAGACUAAUAAAAAUGUUUUAAAACUAAAGGAUGAGAAUAAAGAAGUGAUAGCCUGUCUGAGGAGGAAGGAGGCAGCUUAUAUGUGCAAGAAACACGAGCAUGGCAGAAACGAAGACCUGCUUACUGAGCUUAGGAAAAGGAGUGAGGAGGAGAGAAAGAAGGAAAAUAUUUUUCUUUGUCAUUUCUUCUUAUUUUUAAUAACCUUUUUUUCUUCCCUAUAACCACCCCACUUUUCCAUCCAGGUCGCCCAGGAAAAGCCACUGAGCACUGCACUGGCCUCAGACUCCUGCUGGGACCCAAAGCGCUUGCUGUCCCAUGAGCCCCGGGCCCGGCAGGGUCUGCGCCCCCUGCCGACCCCCUUGUCCGUCCUGGCUGCCCUUGAUUCCAUUACUGGACGAUCUGAACUCCGCCCCAGGUUUACUCUGAGCCUGUUUUGCCAAAUCUGAAAACAGCAGCUCUUUUCCGGCCCCUCCCCGGGAACGCAGGGGUCACGCCACCUCCUCGGGCCCCAGCACCAGCCCUUCCUCUGGAAGCUCUGAGCCACAAUGCUCCCUGCAGCCAGUCUCGUACUGGAACGUGGUGUCAGGCAGCCAGGGCUGCUGGGAAUGAGGAAGGUCGGGGGCCAAGCUUACCCACGGCUACGGUAGAAGUCCGACUCUGGAAAGUUCUGGGUGGCUCUUGCCAUGGGACAGAUGGCCUCUGUCACCUAAUCCUCCAGGCCCCCAUCAUCAUGACAAAGACCCCUCCCCAUCCACAACACUUUCGGAUGCAUAUCCGCACUGCACUUUAUUCUAUCUGUGCAGCCCCUGGACCAGGGAAGGGUAAAGCAGUACAACCCCAUUUCAUAGACUGGGAAACUGAGGCCUCUCUCCAGCCCUGUAUCUUACCUUAAGCUGCAACUCUGAUAGCUGGAAGAGCAAGGCUUGAGCCCGGACUCAAAACUCCAGAUUCCUUCUCCAGAACAGCAUAAACACGGAAGGUCCAGGCAGUUUAAGUUCAUCAGAGAAGUCCUACCAGAAAAAGGAAAGUAGAUUUUUUCCCCAUUUUCCCUGGUCUUAUUCUGCCUUGUUCAUUCCUUGUUCUGCCUCCUUAGUAUCUGGAGAGAUUCUAGACCGAGGGACUUAGGUACCAGGGAAUGUGAGCAAGGGCUACCCGUCCAGCCCAGACUCCACUCCGAGAACUGCCGGCCCCCCUGAAGGGCACUUGCCCCUGUCUCUUCCCCACCCUCAUCUGUCCCCUUCCAGCCCUGUCAGGCCAGUGCAGAUGGCCCUGGGACUCAGCUGCUCACACCAAUGCCCUGUCUCACCUCCACCUCUCCCUCCCCCAGAAGCCUCCCCUGCAGAAGCAUCUGAGAGGAGAGCGUGGGGCUCAGUGGACCAUCCAGCCCUGAGUGUCCCCAGAGGAGCCUAUGGUGAAUCAAGAAGAAAGAAAGGAAAGGAAGAUGGAGGAACAUAAGCCAAGUGGCAGAUAAGGAGGGCGAGAAGGAAGGAAGGAAAAGGGGGGAAAGGGGGAAAGGAGAGAGAACUGAAGAACAAAAGGAAGUGGAGGAUGAAGAGAAGAAGGGAUAAGAUGGAGGAAUUUACUUGUGUAUAUUGUUUGUAACAUACAUUAUGUCUCAGGUACUUACUGUACCUUAUGAUGCAUUUGUUUCAAAUACUAAUAGCUAGAUUUACUCAGUACUUACUACAUUAUACAUCGGGUACCAUCCUAAUUUAUAUAUAUAUAUAUAUAUAUAUAUAUAUAUAAAUAUAUAUAUUCAUUUAACUCUCAAAACCACCCUGUUGUAAAGACACUGCUAACCCAUUUUACAGUUGAGUAAAUUGAGGCAUGAAGAAGUUAAAAGACUUGCACAAGAGUAGAUGCCUCAUAAGUCAGAGAGCCGGGACUUGGGCCCAGGCUGUCUGACUCCAGGACUUGCUUCUCGUGGGAUGAAAAUACAUCCCACGUCUAAGGAUCCUACGGUCUGAGGCAGAAACAACUGUGGAAAUAGACAAUUGUUCUAUUAUAUGGAAGUAGUUGUUCAGAGUGAAAAAUUUCUAAUCUUGGGUCUUCAAGGAUGAAUAGGAGUUUGCCAGGGCACAGGAAAGGGAGUUGAACUUUCAGGGAGUUCCCUAUUAAAACGAAGUGAGAUAUCAAAAGACCUGGUUUGUUUGGGGAGCAGUCAGAGGUCUGGGGUGUCAGGACGGUGGAUGCACACUGGGGAGCAGGGACCAGUGAGUUAGACAUGAAGGCAGGGGUUCGACCACAAAGGACCAUGUGUGGCAGGCUAGAUCCCAGGGCCCCAGCAGGGUCUGAGGGCAGGGGAAUAGCGAAACAAGCUCCGCUUUAGGAAGAGAGCUGGUGGCAAAGUAGAGAAAGGCCUGGAAGAAGAGGUAGGGCUCUGCCACCCAACAUGGCCUUAGGGCUCCCCUGGAUGCUCUGGUUGUGACUAGACAACGCUGGUUCCCAGAUGGGUCACAAAGCCUUUGUGGGAGCUCGGAAACUCGGCCCUGGAAGGGGUGUCCUGGGAUCUACCCAAUGCCCCUCCCAUCCCCCAGGCCCUGCCAGCCCUCCUCACGCAGGCAGGUGGCCCUGAGCCUUGUUCCACCACCAACACUCCCAGCCAGCUCUCCCCACCCAGCACGGGGUCCGCUCAGCCUGCCGUCCUGAGAGCCCCGCCCGGGGUCCCCGACUUCCUGGCAGAGCUCACCAGGCUGACAGCUUCCUCCCAGCCUCCCCAAGGAUUCAGAGGCCUCUCUUCACCAAUCACCCCCUGGGCCCAACCCUGAAUCCAGCCACAGUCUGCCAAGAUAGCCAGGGUUCUCUCAGUGUGGCUUGGGGGCAAUUUUGAGCCUUCCCCUCAAUUUUAGAAGCUCUGAAUUUAAGCCAAACUCAGGAUCAUUAAGAAAAAUCCUCCCCAAAAUGAAGUUUCUCUAACAAACGGAGAUUAAAACUCCCUUAUGUGAGCAGCCAAAUUCUAGAAACUGGAAGUCCCACGGGGCAGGAAGAGCUCGGUCGGUUAAUUUGCACACUGAAUGGUUCAGUGUGGGGAUGUGCACACGCGCAGAAGAGGGGGCUCAGGCUGUUUCCCCCUGAGCAGGAUUCAGGGGGAAAGGAAGGGAUUGUCCCUUUUUGACUCAACCAAGGGACCCUAAAGGGUUUAUGUAUUUAAAAGCUCUUUGUAAAGUGUAAACUAAAAACCUUAAAUGUAAGGUGCUACUGUUACUAUUACCGUUGUUGUUGCUAUUAUUGACAUGCCAAAAGGCCCGUUGGAGAAGAUGGCUUUGCCUUUUCAAUUUUAUAGAAAAGAACCUGAGUCGACACUUGAGAAAGAUGACAGAGAAGAGGACAAGGAGGAAAGAGGCAAGGCCAGGAGGGGGGUUGAGUUAAGUCUGCCCUUCACCAGAUACAAUGCUAUCAGCAGACUGAACCUUUAAACAGAGCAACCGCCCACUGCCUUUGCUGGGAGCAGAAGCCCCUAGCGUAAACGGAACUGCCCCUCAAAGGCUCACCAGGUCCCAGAUAACAGAGUGGGAGGAACCGGAGGGGAUCCCCGGUGACUGGGAAAGCUGGGAAUCAGUGUCUAGACCACAGACCAAGUUCUAGCAAAUCAACACCAUGGGCAGGAACAGACCCAGGUAGGUGCCCACCUGGGCCAGUGUUCUUCCCGCGACUCCAGAGGGGUCAUCCAGACAGAGUAAAGCCUGAAGCAGACCCUCCAACACCUUCUGGGUGGCCAGCAAAGUACCCUCCACCCUCCCCCCCAGCCACCUCCCAGUGCACUCAGGUGGCCAGGAAGCUGGGGCAUGGUCUGGCCUGUGGGCACUUACCCGUGCUCCCCAGGCUGGCUUAGACAAAGGAAACACUUGGGCAAAGCUGAUGAGAGAUGCCAGCUAGCCAGGGCUGGCAAAGGCAGAACUGAGCAUUUGGCAAAGCUUAUUUAUCUAACUCAAAAAUCGUUUCUAAGAGGAAAAAUUUUAAGAUGUUUUUAAAACAAUGUUAUAGUGCCACUUCCCCAGUAUGGGAUAAAUAAUGUUUUUUUUUUCCUUAAUAGACUGUCAUAUGCUGAUGUCAUUAAAAUAAACGGAUGAGUCACAGGAGAGCAAUGAGACGCUCCUGUGAAUACUGUAAGCUCA